AUGGAUGCAUCAGUAAAUGAAGAAUCCGUUCAGACUGCUAUUAGUGGGUUUAUAGUAAACUUAUGUCUACUUAUAAACCAUUCCAUAAAUUUUAGUCCUGAAUUAAUUAAAAGAGAUGAACAAUUCGAUCAAUCAAAAAGACAAUAUCUUCUGCCCAUGCUGGUGUCAGAUCCAUUAAAAUUAUCCGGUGGUUGUUUGCCCAAAUUUGUUAUCCAAUCAUACAAACAAACUUUAAAUAAAUUAGAUAUUGAGAUAGACGACACAAAUAACUAUCAUUAUUUAAACAAUGACUACACCAAAAAAUUUUAUAUGAACAGGACAUUAUCCAUGUUGGAAUACAACAGAUUGAAUAAAGUGGUGGAAAUAUGCUUUUACAAUCUUUACAUGUGUGUUCUAAGGUUUAAAGAAGUGGAACAGUAUAAUAAAGACAAGUAUUUAAGCAUUAGUAAGCUUUUUAAUACAUCUUUCACCACCACUGAGGUUCUUAGCAACUCUUCUGUGGUGAAUUUCAAAACAAAGAAUUGGAGUACAAAUAACACUUGGAAGGAGAUUUUCCAAGAACAUUUAUUUUUGACUGAAAACAGAUUUUCUCGCAUAUUUAAAUCCUUUGUUGGAAUAACUUUUAAGGAAUAUGAAACCUUUUGUUUCAAAACGCUUGAAGUAAACUUUAGAGUUUUAAAAGAUUGUAUUGAUAUAGUUUCCAGUGUAGGUAACGAAAUUGAUCAUAAUAUUUGGAAAAACUUAGCAUACAAACUUUUGAACAAUAUUAAUUGUGAUAACAGAAAAAACAGCAGCGUUUGUAUGACCACAAAUAGUGGUAAUGUUACUAUCGCCAAAAAUGCGUGGAAUAUUUUUCCAAUUAACCCAGAGUUCUUAGAGGCGGUGAAAUUUACAAACAGCAAUAUAGAUGCUGCGGAUACUUGUAAAAUUUUAUUACCACAAUCUUUUUCCUUACAGAAUUAUAGCAGCUCGAAUGGUAGAGAGAAUAGAAAAAACACAAAAGUAAGAAAACAAUUGCUAGCUAAAAAAAUACCGAAAUUAGAACCAGGAUUAGUUAAAAAAUGCAAUUAUUAUUUAUUGGGACUGGUGAAUACUAAAAGUGUAGAUGGUAUAAAGAGUGAGCACAUGCAGACACUCAAUCCCAGUCUUGAACCAUGCUAUCCUGAACAUUGCAACAGCAAUAAGUCGCUGGCGACUGUUUAUACCAGUAAAAAUAGUGUUGAUUCUUGUACAGAGAAUCAAAGUGUGCAUUUAUUUAAAAUUCCCAAUAGUGGUAUGAACAAUGAUAAUGAUGGUAAAUUAAAAGAGUUGUUGAUCUCUGAAAAACACAUGUCAGAUAAUUAUACCACCGCAAAUUUUGUUUUGCCAAACGAAACUUUGCUAGCCAACGGUAUUUACACAAAAGAUGCAACAAGCAACGCGACGAAAAUCGAUACUAAUUACCAUAAGAGCGAUGACAAUAUUACUACUAUUCUAAAUAAUAACAAUCAAAAACAACAUAAUUCAAGUUUCCAAGCUGCUUACAAGGCAUUUUGUUUAGAUUAUACAAUGGAAGCGUUAUAUCUCUAUCAUUAUGACACUACUUAUAAUCAUACUAACUAUAAAAAAACUACACCAUCUGCCAAGAGGCAUAACUUGAUAGAUAGGACAGAAGCACCUUUAACUGUAACCCCUGAUAAUGAGCCUGAUUCAGCUUUUUCUGAGAAUAAGACUUCAUCUGAUAUAAUCCGAGAAAUGUUAUUUUAUGAAGAAAAGCAAGAGCAAAAUAAUUAG